AUGUCUCGGGGUUCCGAGCCUGCGGCCAGCGACAUCGGUGUCGUGGGAGACAUCAAGAAGGAAAAGAAAGUGGCUCUCAUCACCGGCAUCACCGGACAGGCAGAGGCCGGAAAGUCUGGUCAUCUGCUGAUCCUCCGCAUCGAGAGGAGCCACAUGAGGAGGUACCCCCCCCCCCUCCCAGGAAUGACCCAGGACAAACCGGCACCCCAGGACGUGGUGAGGAACGAGAUCCAGGUGAUGAACCAGCUCAAUCACUGCAACCUCAUCCAGCUCUACGCGGCCUUUGAGUCUCGUCACGACAUCAUCCUGGUCAUGGAGUAUGUCGAGGGCGGCGAACUGUUCGACCGCAUCAUCGACGAGAACUGCAACCUGACUGAGUUUGACACAGUGCUGUUUAUCCGGCAAAUCUGCGAGGGACUGCAGUACAUGCACCGAAUGUACAUAUUACAUCUCGACCUCAAGCCAGAGAACAUUCUUUGUGUCAGCAGAGCAACAAACAAGAUAAAAAUAAUUGAUUUUGGUCUAGCCCGGAGGUAUAAACCUCGAGAGAAGCUGAAAGUCAACUUCGGAACGCCUGAGUUUUUGGCCCCAGAAGUCAUCAACUAUGAGUUUGUUUCCUUCCCGACAGACAUGUGGAGCCUCGGCGUCAUCACUUACAUGCUACUUAGUGGCUUGUCUCCUUUCCUCGGGGAUGAUGACAACGAGACUCUCAACAACAUCCUGGCCUGUCAGUGGAAUUUUGAGGAAGAAGAGUUCACAGACGUUUCUGAAGAGGCCAAAGACUUCAUCACGCGUUUGCUGGUCAAGAGCAAAAGCUGGAGGAUGAGCGCGACGGAAGCUCUCAGACACUCCUGGCUGGCAGACCAAAGGCUGCACUAUCAGUUACAUGUGAAGAAAGACAAAUGUCAGCCCACAGCACCGCCCUCGCCAGAAUCCUAGAGAGGUGCUGUCUCCUAACAAAAAAAAAAACAAAAAAGGAAGUCACUUUCCUCUGCAGAAAUUCGGUGAGGCCGCCAGCAGGCCUUCGGACAAUGUCGGGCCCCGGCGCCCAACACUGACUGGACCAAUGCUGCUGUACCCGUAUGGCUACGGAAUAUCGACUCUCUGCCGAGCUUCCACCGCAUUAGCUUGGUACAGCUGCUCGACUGUCGUCGACUUCAUUGAGGCCGGAACAAGAAAUGGGUCAAUUUAUCAUUCGAGGUACAAAGUGUAAGAACAUAAAAGCGAAGUUGAAAUACCGCACUGAUAUGUGCGGUGACGUGCCUCUGCACACAUGGGGACCCUGCAGCCCAAAACGGAGCGCUCAAAUGGAUUUAUUGUCAGGAACGCAUCGUAUUUGGUAAAGAAAUGUCAAUUUAACCCUUCCAGGGACAGCGGUGAUCACGGUGGACAUCUUAUCAUGUUGUCACGUUAAAGUACUCCCAAAAAAUGGACUCCUUAGCAACGGCUAUGUGCAAUUCCCAGAAAUAAAUGUAAUCAACACCACUUUUUUUCCCAUAACAUGACUUAAUCAUGCCAAAUUUUCGUACCCAUAUACAAACAAGAUCUUGUU